AUGCGCGCCACCCGAUGGUUCGUCAGCCAACAUCCCAUAACUCUCACGGACGCCAUCAAAGCCACGCGCCUCUUCCAUUGCACCGACUCACGGGACCACAUCAUUGCUCUCCUCAGCCACGCGACCGACGUCGAGCGCGGUAGCAUACUACAUGACAACCUGUACUUGCUACCCGUUCAGGAGUGCUUCCUCCGCUUCGCUAAAGCCCAGCUCCUCGAGAAGCGCAGCCUGACCGUACUAUCAUACGCGCCUCAAAAGGUCGCCACAGACGCUCUAUACCCCUUUUGGAUCCGCCCCUACCUCCGCUGGCAAAAUCGUGGGCUCCCGGGCCUCCCUUCUUGGGUACCCGACCUCCGUCACCAGGACUUCGACACCCUGCCGACUUACACCUUCCGGUACGGCAAUUUCUCGGCCGGCGGGGCUGAGGACGGCACGAUCGAGAUCAUUGACAACAAGGUCCUCCGCUGCAGCGGGCUUAUGUUGGUCGUGCUUGAGGACCGUGGCGUCUCCUAUUUUGACCUGCCGCUUCCACCAAAACCCGCGAGAGCCCCGCAUCCGCUGAACAAAAAGAGCGCCUCCGCCUCUCAGGGCGGCGUGCGUGCGCCUCUCGCCACCGUCAGGCUCAGAGGAUGUCCGGGACCUGCCCCCCGGAGCGGCUGUCUUCCCUGUGGAAGGGCCUUGACGGGUGAGCGGGCUCACCUGAGCGACCGCGUCGACGUCGACUGGUCGGAGGAGUUCAAGGCCUAUGUAGCCGCGAGUGACACAUGGUUCAUCUCAGAGGACCCGGACGAGGCGGGACGAGCGCGGUUGAGCUUCGUGACCUCAGGUCAGACAAUCGAAUACAGUAUCAUGGGGUUUGGGCUGGUUCGGCGGCUAUCCCACACGGCCGAGGGCAGGCUCUACAUGGCACCAACAGAGGCAAGAGUGGGCGACGUGGUUUGCGUCCUGCUCGGGUGCGAUGUCCCCCUUGUCGUUCGACCAACGAGGAAGGGCAUGUACGAGUUGAUCGGAGAUGCGUACGUUAGUGGUAUUAUGGAUGGCGAGGCUCUCUUUGGCCAGUAUGAUCGAGUGGAUGUCAUGUUGGAAUGA